AUGAGCAUGGAGGAACCUGCUGGAGGUUCAUUAAUGACGAUAAGGAAGCGACAACGAUCAAUAGAAAGUGAGAAUGAAAAGAAGAUAAACGACAUGAAGGAGAUGAAGAAGAUGGAGGUACAAGUGAUGACUAGUGAGCAGCAGAUGAAUGAACAAGACGAGGAGAAGGUUACUGCAGAUUUGACAGGAGACGAUGAUGAUGAUGAAGAAGAAGAAGAGACGCUGGUGGUGCUGGAAUUAUGUGAUUUUAAGAAUCACCCGCUAUUUAAUGACUACAGCUUAGCGACACUUGAGGGGAUUGACACGGCAACUCCGAUGCUGAAAAUUGGAGAGUAUGCUUUGCAUGGUCAAUUGGAAGAAACUGUGGGUACGAGCUACUUUUACGAUACGGACAAGACAAGAGCACCGGAUAAGAUGUACCAAUUUGUAGGCCAGACCAUCAAAAAGAUCAAGUUUACCAUUGCACCACCGGAAGAUUUGUAG